CCUGCCAAACAAGCGUCUCUUCGGAUGGGUAUAAAAGCCUUUGGCCGAGCCCUAUGGAGGACAUUCGAGGCCUUUCCGUCGCGGACACACCUGAAGAGAGAACACGCCCACUCGAUCAUGCGUACUCUCCUCACGCUGCUGCCUUCCCUGGUGGGCGUUGUCCUGGCGGGCAACAUUGGCGCUGGCGGAGGAGGCCACUCGGGCGGGGAAUUCACCAGCGGAGCCAUUGGCGGCUACAGACCUGCUGGCUAUGGUUCUCCUGCUGGCGGCUACAGCGGUCGCGGCAUCAGCGGCCAUCACGCUGGCGGCUACGGCGGCGGUCUCGGAGGCACCAGCACUGCUGCGGGAGGCUCUGCAAAGGCGCCUCAUGGAGACGGCUACUUAGCCAGCGGCUACGGCGUAGGCAGCCACCACGCUGGCUACUCCGCAGGCGGAGGCACUGCACCCAUCGGAAGACACAGUGGAGCUUCUAACUACGGUUCAGCUGGUGGAAGUAUUAGUGGCUAUAGCGGUGACGGUACCCUCAGCAACUACGGCGGAGCCCAGGGUGGCUUUCCAGAAAACGUAAAAGUUAUCAAGCACUCCGGCAACCAUUAUGAUGGCGCAUCGUUCUCAGACGCUGCUGGGCCAACUGGUGGCCAGUACGGUGGCGCGUCGCCCUCAGGUGUUGCUGGGCCAAGCGGUGGUUUUAGAGGUGUCAGGCUUACCGGAGGUAACGAUGGAGGGAUCACCGGUGCUGGACUCAUUGGGGCGGGGUAUAAUGGUGGACACACGGGCAACACGGUAACCAUACCGGCAAAGGUGAUCGUCCUGAAAAUCCCAAUAUCCGACAGUGAGGCUGGAGGAUUUUCUCGCUUUGCCGGCAGCUAUCCGGGCGGAGAAUAUGGACAAUCCAGAAACGCGCCAUCACCUACUGGAUAUGCGAGCGUGAGCACGUCUCCUGACGGCAGAUAUAACCAAGGAUAUGGAUUGUCGAGCGGUGGACACCAUAGUGGCAGCGGCUUUGGAGGUGGUACAGAAAAGCCCCGUUACGGAGCUUUCUCUGGAGGUUCAGGAAGAACCUAUUCCGGUAAGGGAGUGCCUUACGAAGGACAUCAUGGUGGAUUCACUGGGAAAAACGUUUAUGGAAGACCUGGAGGAAUUGCCGGAAGUUACGGAGGUGGACCCACCGAGAGCCAUGGUGGCAGCUACGCUGGAGCAAGGAGCUUUUCAGGAUCGGAUGUGCACGGGCUCGGUAAAGGUGCCUUUGGUGGCAUGCAGCACGGCUACGGAGGAAGUGGCUAUGGUGUUUCCAAAUAUGGUGGCAACUACGGUGUUGCAAAGGGUGGCUACUGGUGAAGAACUCAUUCGUUUUUACCCUGAGCUCUAAGUGCACCGCUUUAUCAGCGAACUGACUCGCCAGUGAUUGUGCUUUUCAAGUGCGAAAGAUGGGGCGGACGCUCUUAAGAAGUCGCGUGCAUAUCGAAGAACAACGUUCUUGUUCCAUACAUUUACCAUGUGAGAGUCUAUUUCAUAAAUAGAAAUCAUUUGUAGAA